CUGUUGGUUGUUGGACUGAUGUUGCUGGUGUACGCCAGGGCCGAGGACAGGAGCUAUAGCGUCGAGCUUAACUCGUUCAAAAAUAUGUCUAAGUCCGAAGUCGAUGUUGAAUUGUUCGAUUGGGGCACGCUGCGCACAAAUCAUGUGGCACGCAACAAGUAUACCCUGGACGGGGAUAUCGAAUUUAAAAGAAAUAUGGGUAAUGAGCAGGCGGUAUCGCUGCUAGUGCACGCCUACAAAGAGGAUACCAAAAUGAUAGGACCCUUAAUGUUGAUUGUGAACAAGCGAUUCUGUCAGUUCGUCAACGAGAAGUCAAAUUUGCCCGAACAGGACUGUUCAUUUCCCAAGGGCAAGUACACAAUAGACAACUACGAACUGGAGACCACCUUCCUGACAAAUAUCACACUAACCCAAUGACAUCUGUUCAUUUAUUGUUGUUGUUUACUUUUGCUAAUUUCUUAUUAUAAUAUUCUUUAUUUUGGGUGGAUCCAUUUGGCACUGCAGGCGUUUUACAUAUAUGUGUAUUUCUUACUUAUCUUAAGCUUCUUUCCGACUUGUCAAACAUAAAAUAAUUUCGCUUUCAAGGACCUGAACUUAAUGCAAGCUUUUCAUUCCCAACUAUUUAGGCAAUUGGUCAAAAUGUUAUCUGUAUAGGGUUUAACCAGAACCAAGCUGCAAUCCCAAGUGGAAAUAAUAUAUAUUUUGGAUUAGUUGCAGAAGCUUGAGCAUUUUGGCAAGAAAGAUGCUAAAGUUUUGUAAUGUCAGAAAUCGGUUAAGACUUGGGACUA